CACGCUCCCCACGCUCCUCCGCGCACAGGGGCGGCAGGUCGCUCUUCCUCCUUCGACGAAGGACGCUCAACAUUGUCGCGCUGAAUACUAAAUAAUAAGAAAAAAGUGGGUUCGUGGGUGAAGCAACGGAGGUGCGCCCCCCCCUCCCCCCCUUUGCCCCCCGCCGGUUCGGCGCGUGACCGUGGUCGUGCAGAUGGAUUGAGCUAAACCUCAAAGAUGAUGGCGGCAGAUGGGCUUGCAGGAAGAUUGACCAAAAAGAACCUUGCUGGCACAAUACUGCUCCUCCUUAUGUGCAUGUCCAUCCCCACUCUGACAUUGUCAGAGCCUCCGGAGGAGUUGUGUCCACACGGGGAUUAUGAAACUGAUAAGGGAAUUUGUUGCAACAAAUGCUCUCGAGGUCAAAAGCUUUUAGAAGAUUGUAAUGCAAAAGGUCAGAGAAGUAAGUGCGUAACCUGUCCUGACAAAGAAUAUACAGACCAGGAAAACUACUCCCCCAACUGUAAUCGUUGCGGAACCUGCAAGGUAUCAAAGAAUGAAGUGACGGUGUCAGCAUGUCAAAAAACCCAAAACACUGUCUGUCGCUGUAAAGACGGUUAUUACAAGAAAGCAAUCGACUCAGAGGCCUACGAGUGUCUCCGAUGUACCAGCUGUGGGGAGAAGGAAAAGGAAAAACGGACAUGUACGCCGGAGAAAAACACUGAGUGUGAAUGUAUAGAGAACUACUACAGAGCCAAGGGCAAGUGUACACCCUGCAUGAAUUGUACCGCUGAGUGCCGUCAUCACUGCUCAACGUCACUUCCUGUGACUACAAAAGCUUCUACAAAUGAUCAAUACCUGAACAAGAUAAUUGCUGUAUUUGCAUUUAUUGCUCCGGUAUCUGUAAUGGUGGUGGUUCUCGUCACCUACGUGGCCACAAAGCGGUUCACAAAGAAGAAGUUGCUGAAACGGUCCAACCUACCGUCCGAUGGCUCCCCGGACCCAUGUGAGCAAGUCCUGGUUCACAGCGAGGAACCUUCAGACAACAUGGGUGUUACAGCUGUUCCCCAAAGUCCUGUGGGUGAACAGGAGCCGUCCAAUCUGCCCGACUGCAUCCCCCUGGAAAUCAAGACCCCCGACCUGAUCUACACUGUGCUGGACCUGGUCCCCGUGCUGCAGGUGAAGCAGCUGGUGCGUUCUCUCGGUGUGAAGGAUGCAGAGAUCGAACAAGCAGAGAUGGACCACAGGUCCUGCCGCGAGGCUCACUACCAGAUGCUGAGGGUGUGGGCCGAGAGAGGGUCACAUGCUGGCGCGGGAGGGAGAGGCGGAAUGAUGCACUGGCACUUGUUGCAAGAGUUGUUGGACGAAGUGAGAAAGAUGCACCUGGGACACGCAGCCGAGGAGCUGGAGACAAAGUACGGCAUUCAGUAAUUCUGCACCGUGCGCCAGGCAAGAAGCUCAUGAAACCAAGUAUUGUUCCCUUCAGAGACUCAGUCACGGGCAGCCGCAAGGUGUGCGAGGUGAUACGGUGCUGCCACCAGCAGUUUUAUUUUUACAGAAACCAGCGACGCUGAGAACUCUACCACUCCACUCGCUGGCUAAGAAGACACAACCAAACUCAUACUGAGAGCGACCGAUCAAAUGAUUCAUCAACGGAGAGUCAAAGAAAGUCUCACAGAUGAAUUCAUAAAAUAAUAAACGUAUCCAUGUUGUGUUUUUAAAGAGAAUAAUAAUCAGUUGGCUUUGUUGUAGAGAGUUAGAUGAUAAUGAUUUAGUCAGCCCUCUUCCUCUAGGGGAAAUAUGAAGCUACGCCCAGAAAGCUGGAUAGCGCAGCCUAUCGCAAAGAGCGCAAACAUGAAAACAGCUAGCCUGCUCUUUUCUGGGGGUUAUAUUCUGUUACACUGGACUUUUUCUUGGUGAUUGCCUGGCAAUCGCUCAUCUGCUUUACUCUCCGCCCAGAAGCCAAAAAGUGUAUGACUGAAAACCUUGCAAGGCUUUCAAAAGCUCCAUCACUGUGCAGAGUUUUGCUGGGACUAUUUCUUGUCGGUGGGCAAUUAGUUAUAGAGGCUUCGGUUUCAUAAUAGACUGAAUUUUUUUUGUGCAAAAUGUAAUCCUGACUACUCUGUGCGUGCCGUGAGCUGGUAAUGUUUUACUAGCAGUUCCUUGUUACAUUCAACAGUUCAAGUCUCCUUUGUUGAGAUAUUUAGGGAACAAUAACAAGGCCUGGGAAGUUUGUAGUUCCUGGUGUAGAACAGAGCUGUGCCGCUUUGUACAGGCUUUUCAGCGCCCCAUUUGCAUUCUUUUAAGCCCCAUCACACAAGCGUUAUUCAUUUCUGUAAGAGAAAACAAGACACACCUUAUCUCAGUCUGCCUCAGCCCUCUUCUGCUGCCCGCUGAUUUGCAUAUGAAUCUCAUGAGUCUAACACAGAAAGACUGAGGACGUGUUAUUCUACCGCACUUUUAUCAAACUGUAUUACAUAACAGAAAAAUGUAUUGAUUGCACCUUGAGUGGAUAUCUGCACGUUAAAUAAAAGAAUUUUGGUAUCACCA